AUUACAAAGAGCUCUACUCAGCCUUUCAAAGCGUAUGAUGCAGAACACAUCAGGAUGUCUACUGUGUGUCUGGGGAGUUAUCUAACAGAGAGGAACAUUGAGAGGAUUUAGACUGCGCUGCUGUCUCCUCGUUUUACGCAACAACAGAAUUAUAGAGUUCACCCUUAUCCAAAAAAAGAAUCAACCACAGGGGUGAGGAGAGCUUAAUUUAAGUGUCCUUAAUUACUGGCUUGUAUCUUUAAGUAAGAGCAGUUAUAUUAAAAUUGCAUUUCUCAAAAGAUUGAAUUAGUCAGUUUGACGGGGCGGGGAGAACGAUCGCGGAUGCUCCGAUCUACGGACGCUCGCGCUACCCUCGUCUACCGGACCAUCCGCGAUCGUUACCCCCGCCCCCUUUUAACGGACCAUCGGCGAUGAUUUCACUGGUCCGGCCCCCGUCGAACGGACCAUCGCCGAGCAUUUCCCACCCCCGAUGGUCCGAUCAACUGAGGCGCGCGCUACCCUCGUCUACGGGACCAUCCGCGAUCGUUACCCCCGCCCCGUUUAACGGACCAUCGCCGAUGGUUUCACUGGUCCGGUCCCCGUCGAUCGGACCAUCUGCGGCCGUUCGAGAUGGUCCGAUCGACGGAGUGGGAAACGGCCGCGGUGCGCGGUACCCCUGCCUUAUAACAAGAGCUAAUUCAUACGGACUUGCCAUCUUGGCUUGCUGCAUGAAUUACCGCCAGUAUUGAAAUUGUCAGUCGUCAUGUCUGACGUUAAAACUCAACAUUUAGAUUUGUUUGAAAAAGUGACAUGUGAAUAUUGUCCCGCUUAUUUAUUCGUAUGAUAAUGCUAAAUGUACGAAAACUGCAGGAAUUUAGAACGUGCAUCAUUUUACAAACGGCGCCCCAUACGAAUGAGAUGCGCGGGGCACAGUGUGAACACGUGUAGUGGGUUCGCCUUUAGCAGCGCCGAGCCCAGCCGUCAGUCAGUCCAGUGUGUGGCGGCAGCAGGAGGCUGCAUCAGCAUGGCUACGGAGAUGGAGCCCUCGGAUGUGAUCCGCCUCAUUAUGCAGUACCUUAAGGAGAACAACCUCUACCGAACACUGACCACCUUACAGGAGGAGACAACUGUCUCGCUCAACACAGUGGAAAGCAUCGACAGCUUCGUCGCAGAUAUCAAGAGCGGCCACUGGGACGCCGUCCUGCUCGCUAUCAAGUCCCUCAAGUUGCCCGACAACACACUUAUCGACCUUUACGAGCAGGUCGUGAUGGAGCUCAUUGAAAUGAGGGAGGUGGGAGCCGCUCGCUCACUCCUCAGACAAACCGACCCGAUGAUCAUGUUGAAGCAGACGCAGCCGCAGAGGUACAUCCACCUGGAUAAGAUGCUGACGUGCUCCUACUUUGACCCCUGUGAGGCGUACCCGGGGGGCAGCAGCAAAGAGAAGCGGCGGCGGGCGAUCGCCGAGGCCUUGGUGAGGGAGGUCAGCGUGGUGCCACCUUCUCGCCUCAUGGCGCUCCUGGAUCAAGUUGGCUCUAUGAGAAUACAACAGUAUCCAGAUCAGCUCCCCACGGACAUGACCAUAGAAACAUCCGGCAACAAAGACAGAGGAAUGGAGAAGGAGAGCUUUCCAACGCAACUGUACCGCCACAUCAAGUUUGGGCGGCGGUCACACGUGGAGUGUGCUUGUUUCUCUCCCGAUGGGAAAUACUUAAUCACCGGAUCGGUGGACGGGUUCAUCGAAGUCUGGAACUUUAAGACCGGAAAAAUCAGUAAGGAUUUAAAGUACCAGGCCCACGACAGCUUCAUGAUGAUGGAUGGUGCUGUGCUGUGUAUGUGCUUCAGUAAGGACACAGAUCUAUUAGCAACAGGAGCUCAGAAUGGCAAAAUAAAGGUCUGGAGGAUUCAGAGCGGCUCGUGCCUUUGCAGGUUCGAGCACGCUCACAACAAAGGUGUGACCUGUGUGAGCUUCUCAAAGGACAACAACCAGAUCCUCAGUGCCUCUUAUAACCAGACUAUCAGAAUUCACGAGCUGAGGUCAGGAAAGACAUUGAAGGAGUUGAAGAGCCACUCGUCGUUUGUAAACGAUGCAUUUUUCACUCAAGACGGACUUCACAUCAUCAGCGCGUCAUCCGAUGGCACAGUGAAGAUUUGGAACACAACAUCGUGCCAGUGCAUCCACACGUUCAAAUCCGUCUCCCGGACCUCAGACGACCCCGUCAACAAUGUGAUUCCUCUCCCCCAAAACCCGGAGCACUUUGUGAUUUGCAAUCACUCGGACACAGUGGUCAUCAUGGACAUGGACGGUCAGACCGUGAAGACCUUCAGCUCGGACCAGAAGCAAAGGGCCGAUUUCGUGUGCUGCACCCUGUCGCCCUGCGGGGGGUGGAUUUAUUGUGUGGGAGAGGACUUUGUUCUGUACUGCUUCGAGUACGCGACGGGAAAGCUGCAGAAAACACUGACCGUUCACGAGAAGGAUGUAAUUGGCAUCGCUCACCACCCACACGAGGAUCUGAUCGCCACGUACAGCGAGGACGGCCUCCUGAGGCUGUGGAAGCCUUGAGCUGUAUACGUAAUUUUUAUUACGUAUAAUUUGUUAGUUAUUUAUACAUUGUUAGUUUUAUUAAGUGAUCCAACUUCACGAGUGCAGUUUGAAUCCCAAUUUUUGGGGAUGAAAAUACAUGAUGGUGAACUGCUGAGCAAAUAUUUUUAAUAAAACAAUUCCAAUUCUUUGGGCAUAAACAAACAUUAUCAGGUAUAUUAUUUUUCACCUUCGGUUUAUAAUACUUUUGUAACUUUGAUUCGGGGGAUAUUGGUUCUGUCCUCCCUCGCAUGCUACCUCAGCACAGUCUAAGUUUGACCACAAUAAUGUUAGUACUUAAAAAUAUGCAUGAUGACUAAUGACAAACCUUAACUUAGCUCCAGUGACACUUCUUUGCAUCCUGUGUGUAUGUAAUAAAUGUAUCGAACGUGGUCGCAUUACUGUCAGUUUGAGAUUGUGAUCAGUAUGCCUUCAAGAGGGCGGAGCUACUGCCUCCACCAGCAUUUAUUAUGUAUUUAGCACUUUAUCAUCUGUCUGUAAUAUCAUCCAUGUGUCAUUGAUGCAAAAUAGGUUGUAUCGUAUAUUGAAGUAUAUAUAUAUAUAUACUGUAUAUAUUACUGCCAGUCAUGUCAAAUGAUUUUUAAAAAAAUUUUAAUCACA